UGGGUUCAGUAAGGCUGUAAAUACGUUUCUUGUUGAGCUCACAACGUUGUGGCACAAUGACGGGAGCGAUUUGACAACCUGAGACGACUUCUGUCAACCCGCCGUGACUCAAUGUGGUGAGCUCUCCUUUAAGGCUUACAUUGCUGCUCUGCUUGGUCAGCUGCUGGAUUUGAACCUCUGAGACCCACAACUCAGCACCGCAGCCCUGAUCCAGAGAUCCUCUCUCCUCCCUGGGCUGUGAGACCAGACGUUGCUCCCCGCACCUCCAUCUCCUGUCUACCCUCACCCAGAAGACAACCACAGCAAUGUGACCUCUGGACCCAUCCAGCACCAAUCCCACCUGCUAUGAUGGACGUGAGAGUCAGUAUACAGUGAAUCUAUACUCAUCCAGUCACAAUGGUCCCAGUUCUGUUUUUGGUGGCAACCACAAUAACAUCCAAUUACUCUACCAAUGAAAACCAUACAAGAGAAGACACUAAGUCCCCCAGCCCCCACAUCCUCCCCACUGUGCUGGUGCUGUCCUUGCUGCUGCUCAUCAUCGCACUGCUAGCCUGGUACUUCCUCAGGUUAAGAAACCAGAGAAAAGCAGUCGUCACAACAGUCGACAAGAAGAUACCAAAUGGCAUCCUGGAAGAACAAGAGUUUGGAUACAGUGCUGAGUCGUUAUACACAACUUUACCACCAGAGCAACAGACGGUGGUCCUUCUGCCCAGAUCCCCCUCAGCCUCUAAGACCUACUUCCCCAUCCCAGUGGACCACCUAGAGGAGGAGUACAGGCUCCGCUCUGCUGACGAUGGCAAGCUCUUCAGGGAGGAAUAUAAUUCGUUGCCUGGGGGCUAUACCCAUGGAACAUGUGAGGAGGCCAAUAAGGAGGACAACAAGGAGAAGAACAGAUACCCAAACAUCCUUCCCUAUGACCAUUCCAGGGUGGUGUUGACUCAGCUGGAUGGAAAUCCCUGUUCAGACUAUGUGAAUGCUUCUUACAUUGAUGGUUACACAGAAAAGAACAAAUUCAUAGCAGCACAAGGUCCAAAGGAAGACACUGUGGCAGACUUCUGGAGGAUGAUAUGGGAGCAGAAAGUAGCAACUGUUGUCAUGCUGACAAACCUGAAAGAAAGGAAAGAAGACAAAUGUUACCAGUACUGGCCAGACCAGGGCUGUUGGACCUAUGGGAAUGUCAGGGUGGCAGUAGAGGACUUCACCGUCCUGGUGGACUACACCAUACGCAAGUUCUGUGUGCAAUAUCAGGCCAGCGAUGCCUCCAAGACUCCCCGGCUUGUCACCCAGCUCCACUUCACCAGCUGGCCUGACUUCGGAGUUCCCUUCUCCCCCAUCGGCAUGCUCAAAUUCCUCAAGAAGGUCAAGGCAGUCAAUCCACCCUUCGCUGGACCCAUUGUGGUCCACUGCAGCGCUGGUGUGGGAAGGACGGGCACCUUCAUCGUCAUAGAUGCCAUGAUAGACAUGAUGCAUGCAGAGCAGAAAGUCGAUGUGUUUGGCUUUGUCUCCAAGAUACGAGAGCAACGCUCACAACUUAUCCAGACAGAUAUGCAGUACUCGUUCAUCUACCAGGCCCUGCUGGAAUACUACCUCUAUGGAGACACAGAGUUGGAUGUUUCGUCUCUGGAAGGACACCUGCACAAACUGCACAACACCUCAGCCCCAUCUGACCGGGUCGGCCUGGAGGAGGAGUUUAAGAAACUGACCAACAUGCGCAUAAUGAAGGAGAACAUGAGGACAGGGAACCUUCCUGCCAAUAUGAAGAAGAACAGAGUCCUGCAGAUUAUUCCAUAUGACUUCAACAGAGUUAUUCUCUCCAUGAGAAGAGGGCAGGAGUUCACCGACUACAUCAAUGCAUCUUUUAUAGAUGGCUACAGACAGAAGGACUACUUCAUUGCCACCCAGGGGCCUCUGUCCCACACAGUGGAGGACUUCUGGAGAAUGGUUUGGGAAUGGAAAUGUCACUCAAUUGUCAUGCUCACUGAGCUCCAGGAGAGGGAGCAGGACAAGUGUUUCCAGUACUGGCCCUCAGAAGACUCAGUCACCUAUGGAGAUUACACAGUGGAGAUGAAGGGAGACACUUUGUGUGACACCUUCAGUCUACGAGACCUGGUACUCACCUUCGGCCCGGAGAAGCAGACGAGGCUGGUCAGGCACUUCCACUUCCACGGCUGGCCGGAGAUCGGCAUCCCAGCUGAGGGCAAAGGCAUGAUCGACAUCAUCGCCUCAGUGCAGAGACAGCAGCAGCAGUCCGGGAACCAUCCCAUCGUCGUACACUGCAGUGCUGGUGCAGGGCGAACAGGUACGUUCAUUGCACUGAGCAAUAUCCUGGAGCGAGUCAAAGCAGAGGGGCUGCUGGACGUGUUCCAAACUGUGAAGAGUUUACGCAUGCAGAGGCCUCACAUGGUCCAAACUGUGGAACAGUAUGACUUCUGCUACAGGGUGGUACAAGACUUUGUCGACAUUUUCUCAGACUAUGCCAAUUUUAAAUGAUGAGAUUUGCCUUAAACAUGAUUUUUUAAAUGUUGUUUUCUAAAGCUGGUUUGUCAGUCUCAAAGUGUUUCUUUAACUUGGUCAAAUGAUCUUCUAUUUUGCUAUGCACUUGUCCUACCAUUAACUAAAACUCCGUCCUCGCUGUAAUAUACUGUAUGUCAGAGAAUGAAAAUUGUAAAUGCUAAAGUCAGAUUAAUAAUGUAUAUUUCACAUCAUGUAUAUUAAUAAUUUUAUCAUCAAGUGUUGUUUCAACCUUGGUCUCUUCAGUUCAGUUUUGUUGUAUGAUACUGUACUUUACGUUUGAAUGUUUAUUCUGUGUUAUUUUGGAUUGACCAUACGUAAUAUUUUUAAAAAUUGUUGCUAUUGUAAAUGUAUUUAUGUAUUGUCAGCAACUGCCCAUUCUUGCAUUUGGAGACCACGACAAGAAUGUUAAGAUAUUUUUAUUUAUGUAAAUGUUAUUCUUACAUUUAUUGACGACUUCUGAGAUUGGAGGUGAUACUGAAACCUAUUUUUCAUUUUUCUCAAGAUGCCCAUUUUGAAUGUGACACUCUUUCCAAUGGAAAUGUAUAGACAACAUGCAUCACUUCAGCCAUAAUGCAGAGAACAUACAGAUGAUAUGCAAUGGAUACCAAGUUGAUGAUAAGGGGUUGAUUUCCCAUACUGAUUCAGGCAGAUUUUUCACAGUUGAAGACAUAUCGCAGGCCAAUGAGCGACCGUUUAACUGACUUUGUACCUCAAUCAGUGGUAUGCAACUGCACAUAACACGGAUCCAACGUUUAUACAGUCUGCCUUUUAUCUGUAAACAGCAAAUAUUUUGCUAAAUCAACUGCACAUUAAAAAGCACAUCUAACAUGUAAGCCUUUUGCCAAGAAUUUACAAUGUUCAAGAGUAUCUUCUACGGUUGCUUUGUUUGUUUUCUAGGUUAGAGAUAUAUAUUAUUGCAUAAAUCAGUGCCAUAUGAACUUUUUUAAGACAACUCUGAGUUCAAGGUCACAGAUAUCAGUCUAUAAAAGGAAAAGGUAAGGAUAGCUCAGUUUUCAGAAUUAUACAUAAAUAAUGAAUAUUGUAAACCUUAAUUUUACAUGAUAAACUAUGCUCCUUGCUCUUUAAACCAAAUGAUGUUUGGUAACUAGGGAUAUACAUUACAGUCACCAUAACAAAGAACUUGUUGACAACUUUUGUCAGAUCCAUAAAAUGAAUCCCAUAAUAGCAACAACCUCAGUAAACACCAGUGGUGCUUCAUUACCAGCUUAGAAGCCGGCCUUAACCAGGGCAGCCAAACCUCGAAAACACAAAGGGCCACAAGCACAUUGUAUCCCAGACCUGGAUCAAAUAGUAUUUACAGCUACUUAUGCGUUUAAUUACUUCUCUGUGCUUGAAAUCUUAUCUAGCAGUAUGUGCUUUUCCCCGGAGGCGGUAAACCCCACACAGCUGGUACUCCAUGCAGGUCCAAAUAUUACACCAAAUUCUAUUUGAGCCAGCUCUGCUCUAUUCCUCAAUUAAAUAUGUAAUUGUGUUGAUACUGUACGUUAUGUAAAUACAACCUGAUGAAGUGCUGACAUUGUGAAAGUUGCUGAACAGGACAAAACUGUUUGUCAAGUGGAUGGACGUGUCAGUUUUCUUGUUUUCUGUGCUAUCUUGUCUGUGAGAGUUUUGAAGUGCAGCACAAGAAAUUGGGAUUUUAGCAAACCAGCCUGAGUCUCCUCUCCCUUGGCUUUGUUGUCAGUCCGCCCCUUACUGUCAAAAGAUGGAGGAGGGCCUGUUUGGGCCAGAGCUCUUUGCCUUCGCUCUCUCUGUGAGUUGGUCUGUCUCUUUUUUGGAUUCUCAAUGUCUUUUAAAUGCAAGUUGCAAUAUUAAAUCCUUUGGAAAAUG